AUUCCGAAAUGGGUAGUAGAUUGUCCAACCUCUAAAAAUGACCUUUUUAUUUUCUAAAAGUCAAUUCCAUUCAUUCAUCGUAUGAUUUUGGUGACUGCAACAAGUACCUCUCGUGAAGCAUUCCGAAAACUUUACAUUGAGUUUGUCGAUAAAUUCUUUUUUCUUGUGUUAAACCAACAAUUUACAUUCCAUCAACAUGUCUCAAAAAGCUGACAUUGCACUUAUCGGCCUUGCUGUAAUGGGACAGAAUUUGAUAUUGAACAUGGACUCGCGAAAUUUCGUAGUAUGUGCAUACAAUCGUACGGUUGAUAAGGUCACCCAAUUUCUCAACAAUGAAGCUAAAGGCACGAAAGUUAUUGGAGCUACAUCGUUGCAAGAUAUGGUCAAUAAAUUGAAGACUCCACGCAAAAUCAUGAUGUUGGUUAAAGCCGGAUCAGCUGUCGACGAUUUCAUUAAACAGCUUAUACCACUUCUAUCACCUGGUGACCUAAUCAUCGAUGGAGGAAACUCCGAAUACCAGGACACAACGCGUCGCUGCGAUGAAUUGAAGAAACAAGGUUUCCUUUUCGUCGGGUCCGGAGUUAGUGGUGGAGAAGAAGGUGCUCGAUACGGGCCAUCAUUGAUGCCUGGCGGACACAAAGAAGCUUGGCCUCUAAUUAAGGAUAUAUUCCAGUCUAUUUCGGCAAAGGCAGGCAAAGAUCCAUGCUGUGAAUGGGUUGGUGAGGGUGGUGCUGGACAUUUUGUUAAAAUGGUACACAACGGCAUCGAGUACGGUGAUAUGCAAUUGAUUUGCGAAGCAUACGAUUUGAUGAAGGGAUUGGGUAUGACUCAAGCGGAAAUGGCUAAGGAAAUGGAUGAGUGGAACAAGGGGGAAUUGGAUUCAUUUUUGAUUGAAAUUACCAGAGAUAUUCUCAAUUACAAGGAUGACAAAGGAUAUUUGUUGGAGAGAAUCAGAGAUACUGCCGGACAAAAAGGAACUGGAAAAUGGACAGCCAUUUCUGCUUUACAUUAUGGCGUUCCUGUUACACUAAUUGGUGAAGCGGUCUUCUCUCGUUGCCUGUCCGCGCUAAAAGAUGAACGGGUUCAUGCCAGCAAACACCUUAAGGGACCGGAACGAAAAAUUACCGUGCAAAACAGAGCCGAAUUUCUGACGCACAUCAAGCAUGCUUUGUACUGCGCCAAAAUUGUAUCCUACGCUCAAGGCUUCAUGCUGAUGAGGGAAGCUGCUCGCGAAUUCAACUGGAAAUUGAACUAUGGUGGCAUUGCGUUAAUGUGGCGCGGUGGCUGCAUCAUUCGCAGUGUUUUCUUGGGCAACAUCAAGGAAGCAUUCGAACGCAAUCCUGAAUUGUCAAAUCUACUGCUGGACGAUUUCUUCAAAAAUGCGAUUAACCGUUGCCAAGAGUCUUGGCGUCAAGUUGUUAGCAACUCUGUUUUGUGGGGCGUACCGGUACCGGCGAUGUCUGCUGCGUUGGCAUUCUACGAUGGAUAUCGUACGGAACGUUUACCGGCCAAUUUAUUGCAAGCACAGCGAGAUUUCUUCGGUGCACAUACGUACGAAUUGUUGGGACAGGAAGGUAAAUUCGUGCACACAAAUUGGACCGGUACAGGCGGAAAUGUAUCGGCCAGCACAUAUUUGGCUUAGAUGCGUCAUAUAGGGUGUAUGACACCGGUUUGUUGUUAUUUAUUUGGGGGUCUUUGACACACUAUUCACACGAUUUUCAUUCCAAAUUGGUUUCUUCUUAGAAGAAAAUAUUUUUUUUUGUUCAUUUUUAUUAUUCAGCGAAUUGAAGGUUGAUAAAUAAUUAAGGUGCCGAAUAAUUAUUAUACAACGACAGCAUGUCAAUCUAUUUUUUGUAAUAAAAAAUUUAUUAUUUUUGGUAAAAA